AUGUCUCCUUCUUCACCUCGCCUCUUUUCAAUGUACCGACGUCGAGGUUCGCUCGGCCUCUGGACGAGGACAAUCUUCCAGGCAAGGGCUGAAGUGGCCAAACUGAAGACCAUCGAUGACUUGUCCGGACCCACUUUAUCCAAAACUCUUUUCUGGUUGUUUGUCAAAGGCUACGCAGACAAGAGCCACUUGUUGCAGGGUCUUCAGAAGAAUCUGUACGGGCCCAUCUGGCGCUCCAAGUUUGGCCCGUUCGACCUGGUCAAUGUGGCGAGUCCUGAGCUCAUUGCCCAGGUGAUCCAUCAGGAAGGACGCUACCCUGUGCGGGCAUUGUUGCCACAUUGGAAGGAAUACAGGGACAUGAGAGGACAAGCCUAUGGCUUGCAUGUGGACAAAGGGCAAGAGUGGUACCGGAUCCGCAGCGCUCUGAACCCAAAGAUGCUGAAGCUCCAGGAAGUGUCUGCCUACGCUCCCGUCAUCCACCAGGUGGUGGAGGAUCUCCUGCAACGCAUCGAGUUCCUCCGCCGUCGUAGCCCAGACAAAGCUACCGUUUCCGACGUGGCUGCCGAGCUCUACAAAUUUGGCUUUGAAGGUAUUUCUUCCAUUCUGUUCGAGACCAGGCUGGGCUGCUUACAGGAGGACAUCCCUAAAGAAACGGAGCGCUUUAUCGCUGCCGUCAACGACAUGCUGACAGUGUCUGAGAUUGUUAUUAUAUUCCCACGCUGGACCCGCCGCAUCCUUCCUUUCUGGAAGCGCUUUGUUCGGGCCUGGGAUGACCUUUAUGACACAGCGCAGAUGCUCAUUGACAAGAGAUUGGUUGACAUCCAAACCCGGACGGAGCGAGGUGAGGUGACGGAGGGCUUAUACCUGACCUACCUGCUGUCAUCUGACAAGCUAACCCAGUCAGAGAUCUACAUAAGCGUAACAGAGCUGCUGCUGGGUGGAGUCGACACGACCUCCAACACGCUGUCAUGGGCGUUGUACCACUUGGCGAGAGACCCGCGGGCUCAGGAUCGACUGCAUAGUGAGGUGAAUGCCGUGUGUGCCCACAAACGUCAGCCUAGCAUGGAAGACCUUAAAGGAAUGCCCUACUUGAAGGCCGUCAUUAAAGAAACAUUACGCUUGUAUCCUGUUGUUCCUGGCAACGGGCGUUUUGUUACGGAAAAUGAGGUGAUCGUGGACAACUACUGGUUCCCAAAAAAGACUCAGUUCCAUUUGUGCCACUACGCCGUCAGUCGAGACCCGGCUCAAUUCCCCCAUGCUGACGCAUUUGUGCCCGAGCGAUGGCUUCGUGGUGACAGAGUGACACCAGGCUCUUUUCAGCACCAUCCGUACAGCUUCAUCCCCUUCGGCGUGGGUGUGCGAGCCUGUGUGGGGAAGAGAGUGGCCGAGAUGGAGAUGUACUUUGCACUGUGCAGGCUGGUGCAGCACUACGAGGUCCGUCCGGGAGACGACAGCACCCCCGUCGAGGCCAAAACGCGGACGCUGCUCAUCCCCGCAAAGCCCAUCAGCCUUCAUUUUCUGCACCGAGCAUGA